GUGUUUCUAAGAGAAACCUUUGAGAUUUCAACACUUGUUUUAUUUUUAGUUUUGUUUAUAUAACUUACUUAGUAGAGCACACAAAUGUAAUGUAAUCUUUUUCAAUAAAUGUGUUUGAUGUAACUCCUUGGGUAGUAUUCAGAUACGUGUAUAAUUGUAUGGGCAUGUGAUGACUAUAGCUCGACAUGCACCGAUGCUGGUCAAAACCAAGAGAUUAAACUUUUCAAAUUAUAUCUGGUAGCAAUUAAGUGGCUCCAAAAAAAAGUCUACCCUGAGGAUUUUUAGUUGGAUUCUAGGUAAUCAAUCUUUUAGCGAAUGAUCAAGUUAAUAUGUGGUUGUAGAAAUAUCACAUUUUCAAACUCUGUAAUUUUGUUUCUUUUAAGAUUAUAAAGCAGAGUCUGCAGAUGAAUGGAGGGGUUCAACUAUUCCAGAGUAUCUGAAUUCGUGUUACUUGGACUUGCUGAUUCUCCUGAACUCCAGAUACUCCUCUUUGUGGUGUUUUCCAUCUUUUAUUUAAUGACCAUGUUGGGCAACUGCCUUAUUUUGCUCACUGUGAUAUCCAGCUCACAAUUCCACUCUCCCAUGUACUUCCUGCUCAGCAACCUGUCUCUCAUUGACAUGUGCCUGUCCUCCUUUGCCACACCAAAGAUGAUUAUGGACUUCUUUGCUCAGCGUAAGACCAUCUCUUUUGAAGGCUGCAUUUCUCAGAUCUUUUUUUUGCACCUCUUCACUGGAACUGAGAUUGUGCUGCUGAUCUCCAUGUCUUUUGACAGGUAUAUUGCCAUAUGUAAACCUCUCCAUUAUUCAACAAUUAUGAGCCAAAGAGUGUGUGUUGAGCUUGUGGUACUUUCUUGGACAGUGGGCUUUCUGCAUACAAUGAGCCAAUUAGCUUUUAUCCUCUAUUUGCCCUUUUGUGGUCCCAAUGUUGUAGACAGUUUUUUCUGUGAUCUUCCUUUGGUCAUCCAACUGGCUUGCAUAGAUAUUUAUGUUCUUGGAAUCUUCAUGAUCUCAACCAGUGGUGUGAUUGCUCUUGUAAGUUUUCUGCUUUUGCUCACCUCCUACAUCAUUGUUCUCAUUACUAUCAGGGACUACUCUUCCACAGGAUCCUCCAAGGCUCUUUCUACCUGUACAGCGCAUUUUAUUGUUGUGUUAAUGUUCUUUGGGCCCUGUAUUUUCAUUUAUGUGUGGCCUUUUACGAACUUCAUGGUGGACAAAAUUCUCUCGGUUUUCUAUACGAUCUUCACUCCUUUUCUGAAUCCACUUAUAUAUACUUUGAGAAACCAGGAAGUGAAGCGAGCAGUGAAGAAAAAACUAAAUACCCAAUAUUUCAGUCUUGGGAAAACUGCUCCAUUGAUACCUCAUGCAAUGGGUAGAGAAUUCCUCUGUGAGAUAUAAGACCAACAGUUACAUUCUUAGAACAAUAAAAAAUUAAACUUAGAAUCCACCUUUCAAGUCAUUUAAAUUUAUGAAAAGAAGUCAGAGAUAAGAAAUGUGUGACAUCUUACUGAAAAGUUAGUGUAGUGUUUAAAGCCUUUUGAGUUAUGAGUCUAUUUGAUAAUUUGUUGAAAUGUAAAGGUUAUUUUCAUAGAAUCAUGAACAUAUUAUCAAAAUUGUGAACAUAAAUUCAGGACACCAUAGACUUCUGGUCCAAUUGUUUCUGAAUCCUACACACGUACCUCAGAUUAAGACUACUUAGAGAAGCCUGAGAUAAAAUAAGAUUCUUCUGUUUUCUUUAUUUUUUUAUUAUUAUACUUUAGGUUCUGGGGUACAUAUGCAGAUCAUGCAGGGUUGUUGCAUAGGUAUAUACAUGGCAAUGUGGUUUGCUGCCUCCAUCCCCCUGUCAACCACAUCUGGCAUUUCUCCCCAUGUUAUUCCUCCCCAACCACCCCACUCUCCUCUGUCCCUCGCCUAGCCACCUCCACCAGACCCCAGUGUGUGAUGCUUCCCUCCCUGUGUCCAUGUGUUCUCAUUGUUCAACACCCAUCUAUGACUGAGAACAUGCAGUGUUUGAUCUUCUGUUCUUGUUUCAGUAUGCUUAGAAUGAUGGUUUCCAGAUUCAUCCAUAUCCCUACAAAGAACAUGAACUCAUCAUUUAUUAUGGCUGCAUAGUAUUCCAUGGUAUAUAUGUGACACAUUUUCCUUGUCCAGUCUAUCCAUCAAUGAUUAUUCUGUUUUCUAAUUUGGAACUUUCCCAUUCUGCACAGCCUUGUGGUACUCUGAUGGCAUUUAGUUUAAGUUAGAACUAUAAUUAACAGUGUAGGACAAAACAGGUUUUUAAAAAAGUAACACUGGAAAUACUGUUUUAAAACAGGUUAAAAAAAUAACACUGGGGAAAUUUAUACUAUGAAGCGAUUCUUUUAAGUAAUAUUAAAAGGGGUUCAGUUGUUUGAGUUCUGUGUCAACUUUGAAAAUAAGAGAACAGUUCAAAUAAUUUGAAAUUUAACAAUACAGUUUCUUAAUAGGUGUUUAUGUCACUAUCACACUUCAUAAUUAACAUAGUGAAUAAUCAAAUGACAAUUUGUAAAGUUUAAAUCAUAGUAAACUACUCAAAUCUGACUGGCUUUCAAAACCUGGCUGAAAAUCACAGAUAUGAUGAAUUCAUUUACCCCCAAGACUGGGAAAAAUAUUAACUAUUUCGUUAAUGAUUAGUUUUUUAUUUCCAAAAUAAAAUAUUGCAGCAUGUUAUUUGUUUAGAAGAAGCUCUGUGUCUAAUUUUCCAUAUAAUAUAACCUGUGGAAAGAAAAGAAAAAAGAAUUUAAGAAAUAUGUAGCAUGAUUCUCCCUAAUUUGGUUUAUUAUUGAUUAUGGUAAGAAAAAUUUUUAUUACAAGAGAGUCUUUGGAAAUCAGCCAACCAGUCCAAUUUUCUAACAGCUGAUAUACUGAAGGUCCAGAGAAUUCAUACAACUGGUUUAAGGCUGAAUCCCUGUAAGGGACAAAGACAUUUAUCUAGACAAACAUUGUCCCUGGAAUUAAAUCCUGGUUCUGUCAUUUCCUUGUUGUGUUAUCACUUUACCUACAGGUAAAUAUUCACUUUACCUCUAUCCCUUUUUAUCUCUAUAAAGAUUGUAAAAGGUAGACUAAAUAUUUGUCUUGACAAUUUUAUGGAAAGUAUGCAGAAUGGGUUCUAAAAAUGUUAUUUCUAUUUCCCUGUGACUUCUAUCAAAAUGCAUCUUAUAUUAAAGUAAUAUGGCUUUGAAGAAUAACUUCCUUCAAAAAAAGUUACUAGAAUGUGAAAUGUGAUAUUCUAGUUUUAGGAUGUCUCUAAGAUUGCAGCUUGUUAAGACAUAUGACAAAAAAAUGAAUAGAACAUUUUCCAUUUUUUAAAAUUACCAAUAUGGUUGGGGUGACAAAAGUAGGUUAGAUUGCAUGGUAUUUUGAGAUACUGAUAAAAAAGUGCCUAUUUAAAAUGACUAAAGUAUUUAAAAAGAAUUCUGGCAGCAAUCUGUCAUCAUGGAUUUGAACAGCGAGUAGCAUGAGAAAAACAAGCCUUUGCCUUGCAAAGAAAGAAAUGGCAUUAAUAGUUUUGCCACGUAAAAGUCCAAGAUAAUUGUAAAACAUGCUUCAACACAACCUCCAAGCCACAUAUGUUAUGAAGAAAUGUAAUGUUGGAGCUAGAUAUAUAAUCACAUUUAAAAUUUGAAACACUAGUUUAUUUUAACUAAAACAUAAACUCUUCCUUCUUGCCUUGAGUCAGUUAGGCAAAUGAAAAAAAAGAUUAAGGUGGAAAUGUACUUUUGUCUCACUCCCACUUUUCUGCCCAAAAUCUUACAUUUGUUUUUGAAUAUAAAUAUCUGCUUCUGAAUGUCAGUCUUUAGUUCAAUAAUUAUGCGUUUAACAUCUACUCUGUUUCAGGCCCUUGCUGGGUGCCAGAGAUCCUCUAAAAUACAAGAUCUGUUUCUCUGUCUUUGAGGGACAUGUAUCCAGCAAUUAGUUAGAUCAGUCUGUUGUAGGUGUAAAUUUCAGUCUUACAACUUUCUUGUUUUGCAAACUUGAGCAAGUUUUUUUCAGUUUCUUAAGCCUCAGCUUGUUCACCUAAAAAUGUGAUAAUAGUACUUAACCAUUAGUAAGGUUGUGAGAAUUAAGCAAAAAAAAAAAAAAAAAAAAUGCAAUGUAUUUAACAAUGCUUGGUAUUCAUUAAUGCUUUAAUAAAUACUAACUAAUAACAUUAUUGUUAUUGUUACAAUUGUGUUAAACAUGCAUAAAAUUGCAAGUACUAGAAUGGAAAUAAGUGUUCUUAUUUGAACUUAAAUGGCAGAAUUUCACAUUUUAAUAGGAUGUAUCAACUUACCUAGUAUUAAUUAUUGUUAAAAUACUGGAUUUUUAUCAAUUAUUAUUAGUCUUUGAUGCAUUUCUACAGUUAGCAUUGUCCUUUGUGUGCAUUGGCCUUUGUAUAUUUUUCCAAGGAAGUAUU